CACUUGAACCAUUGAGAGAAUUGGAAGCGACAUUAUUGGGAAUUAAACCCCAAAAAAUAGAAAAAACAAAAAAAUGGGACCCAUUUGCCUACUAUAUAUAUAAAUGAUAUACAUCCCCACAAGCCCACUUAUAUAGACCAAUUGUCAAUGAAAAUACAAAGCAAAUCGAUAUAGAUGAUCAUCACCAUCAUCAUCAUCAUCUCCAGCCCCCUUCUCUCUGUUGCAUCAGUUAAGUUCAACUUUUCUUUUUAUAUAAGCCUCUACCUCCGCCAUAAAAAUAUAUACCACUAAAAGAACCUCCUUUCAUUCAAAAAGUCUCAUCCUGCCUCCAUUAUUAACCAUGGACCAGAACAGUACUGAUCUCCAUGAUGCUUCAUUUUCUUACCUGAGAGCAGGUGAAGGCUUAGAAGUGAAUAAUAAUGAUUACCUUUCUGGGUCUGUUGAGGUUCAGCAAUAUCCAUCACCUCCAUUGAUGAGCUUAGGAAGAACAACUAAAACGAUUGAUCAAGAAGGUGAAAUCUGUGUCUUUGGCGCUGAAAGAUACUUCAAUAUGAUACUUAAUGAUGACAUUAACAAAUCAAGCAAGAGUGGAGGGUAUAAAAAAGAGAUCAACAACAACAGCAACCAGGUUCAUCAUCAUCAUCCUCCUCCUCCUCAAAGACUUACAAGAACAAAGAGCAGACCUGGAACACCAAGCUCAUGUUCUGAAGUAAGUUGGAACAGCCAAGCAGCUUUAUUACCUCGUCUUAAUGGAAACCCAUCUCUGAAUAAGAAAAAGAAAUUAUUAAAUGGAAAAAAUUUCUUUGUCAGUACCUUCAGCUGUGGUGGAUCUUGUUCCGAUAAGAAAUCCAUUUAUGUUCAUGAAGAAGAAGUUAGGAAAGAUGAUCAACAUCAACUCGUUCAAAUCGAUCGUGUAAUUCCUCUCAAACCCCAACACCAACAACAGCAACAACAAAGAUUGAUCAAUGUCAAGCAGAAAAAUCAUGAAGAUCAGCAUUUUGCAUUUCCGAUCUUGAAUCCUGGUGCUGUACAUACUUCCACAGCAGAUGAAAAAUUAGUACUUCAAUUGGAAGGGAGGAAGAAAACCACCAUCGAAGACGAAGAACAGCUGCCGAGGAAGUCAUUGGAGGUAUUUGGUUCAAACACCAUGACAGGUGAUGUAGUAGCUAUCAACCUUGAGAGGAAACUUUCUAUGCUAACUUGGGAUGCCAUACCAAAAGCUUCAAAUGUUUCUAGUGCUUCCGGAACUACUCGAAUGAACGAUGACAUGGAAAGCGAUGCUAGUUCUGAUCUGUUUGAGAUCGAGAACAUCUCUUGCGGUACAGGUUUUCAGCCAUUAUUCACCAGGCAAGUCUCUGAUGGUAUGUCAAGCUGCAUGACACCGACUUCCCGGUAUGAACCGAGCGAGGCCAGCAUUGAUUGGAGUGUCGUAACUGCCAGCGCUGCCGGUGGCCAAGACGUUUCGGUUGUUAGAGACUAUGAUGAAAAGAUGCUUGCAGCAAAUAAUAGAUCAAUCAACUCCAUAGCCAAAACAAAAGCUGGGAUGGAAAAGGAAGUGCAAACAAACAGGCAUAGUGGGAUAUUGGGGUGUAAGAGUCAUAAAUCAGUGAGAGUUGCUGAAUCUGCUUACAGAACUAAAGUUAAAGAUUGAGGUUAUUAAAGAUUUAUGAGAAAUUUUUCCAUUAAUAUUUUGCAAACAUGCAAGGUUAAAAUUCUAGACAACCUUUUGUUUGAUCAUUGUUCAUAAAGAUAUGUUUUUGGUUUUUGAUAUACUAUGCUUUCUUA